AUGGCGGCGGGGUGGCUGUGGCGGCGGCUCUGUCAGGGAUCAGUUUUUCCUGUCAAUUAUGCAAGCAGAAUUAUGCAAAAGCAGCGUUUUCUUCUAAACUCUGACUUGAUAGGAGCACGGCUGGCUGGGUCCCAUGUUGAUACACAGGAGCCUAAGACUAAUCCUUUGGUAUCUGUUUCAGAUGAGCCAGAAACACUGUACAAGAGGUUGUCCCUCUUAGUUAAAGGCCACGAUAAAGCUGUGUUGGACAGCUAUGAAUAUUUUGCAGUCCUUGCAGCUAAAGAACUGGGCAUCUCCAUUGAAAAAGUACAUAAACCUCCAAAGAAGAUAGAACGAUUCACACUUUUGAAAUCUGUACACAUUUACAAGAAGCACAGGGUUCAGUAUGAAAUGAGAACACAUUACCUGUGUUUGGAGUUAAAAUACCUAACAAGCAGUACUGCUGCAGUUUACCUGGAGUAUGUUCAACGAAACUUACCUGAAGGAGUUGCCAUGGAAGUAAAAAAGACUAAGAUAGAGAAAAUACCUGAACACAUUAAGGAGCCAGUUUGGGAUACAGUAUCUCAAGCAAAAGAAACUGAAGUCAAGUCAUGAACUCAUCAGGAACCUGGCACCAUUACUUGCUCCUAUCAACCUAAUUUAC